UCGAGAUCGUGAAAAGGAAGGAUAAACUUUGAAGAGAUUUGCGCGCGUAAAAUCAUCACAAUCAUCGUGCAUCGCAUCUCGCUCGGAGCUCUGCUCGCGUCAAGGACGGGGACUGGCUAAAAAGUCGCUCGCCGAGCUGCUGCCUGCAGUUCGCGAUUUGCAGCAGCAGCGACGGCUGUGAUCGCUAUAUACUACACAUACAUAUACUUGUGGCGGAUAUAUAUAUCUAUCGGUCUCGCCGAUUCGCGCGUACUUUAUAUUAAUGCGGCGCCCGUCUUAAGCACACCAGUCGUACUUGGAUUCGUGCAGCGAGCGCAAGUUCACCUCCUCUGCGAUCGGCAGUGCGUUGCUUAUUAUAUAUAGUCCGGCCGCGCGACGACGAGAGAAAAACGGAUCCACAUAGCUCAUGCGGCUGGAAUGAUCACUGCAGCGGACUACAUAUGCCGAACGACAACGGGCAAGAAGGUCCGAACGAGCGGCUCAGAGCAGCAGCAGCAGCAGCAGCAGCUGAAGCUACCACAGCAUCUGAGCAGCAGCACGAUCCGAUUCUGGCCGAGAGCCUCGUGAUAGACGACGAGCUGCCCUCCUCGGCCGCCGAGUCGACGAGUUUCCUCAACGACGACGAUCCACCGCCCUACUCGUCGCUGAUCGGCAGCUCGGCCUCGCCCUGGUCGUACGGCUACCUGGGCGGCGAUCCGAUCAUCGGCGGGGGCCGCGCCAUCGCCCGGCCCCUCGUCUCCAUACCCCUAACCAGCUAUCGGAUCUUCAAGAUCGAGCCGCCGCGCUACACGAGCGUCGACGCCUGCAUCGGCUCGGAGCAGGCCAUCUUCCCGAGGAUAUGCGCCGGCGGUGGCAGCGGUAGCGACGCGGAAGCUCGACCCCCGGCCAAGAGUUCAAAUCGGACGGCUCGAAAAUACGGUGCCAUACUCAUCGCGGCUGCGGUAAUCAUUUUCCUCAUGGUCCUGUCGCUGCUGGUACGCUUCGUCACGGAAAAAAGUUUAUGGAGGAGCUAAAUUAAAGAGUCGAAAUCGGUGCUGUGAUUGAAUAAAAAAAAAAAAAAAAGAAAAAAAAACA